AUGAUAAAUGAAGGUACAGCUGAGGGAGCAAGCGCACUUAAGAAACAAAACGAUGACGUGAGUGGGAAUGAUAGUAUUGGUGGUGGUGCUAUUAAUGACGAUUCUUGUGCAGUUACCGAUGGCACCACUGGUAAUGAAAGUAUAGGUAUUAGCCGCGGUAAUGGAGCUGGCAGUGAAGGUGCAGCAGCUGGUGAACAAUUAUAUGAUCUUAUGGAGGGCAGCAAUGAAAUGUAUGCAGAUGAUGAUAGCAACCUAGUGUAUGCUGAUACAGCAAGCGAUGCCGUGUUAUAUUGA